AUGGACAACUCCACUGCAACGACUGGUUCGCGGAGGCAGAGACGGCGGAUGGCGUCCAUUGAGAGCUACCACGAUGAGAUCCCUGUCCUUGACAAUGGCAGUAGUGGUAACAAUAACGACAAGUAUUCUGCUGGAAUACCAACACAACUCUCUCUAGAUCAACACCAGAUCUCAACAACACGACACCAACGAUUUAGCUGGCUCUUCAUCGUCACCAUGGGGCUUUCGACUAUCGUCACCGCCUCUCUCCUGGCGAUGCGCCUCUUCUCCCUACCGGUUGAGGCUGCUCCCCAGGCUAUCGAAAUCGAGGUUACUGCUCCUGCGGUUCCUCAGUACACCACUCCUGCUGUGGCUCCUGCUGCUGCCGGCUCUUGGUGGUUCUCGUCUAUCAAGCGCCAGGGUGCCGUUGCCUAUGGCGGUACUGGCAACUACAAGAUCUUCCGUAACGUCAAGGAUUACGGUGCCAAGGGUGAUGGCAGCUCUGACGACACUGCGGCCAUCAACGCCGCCUUUUCUGAUGGCAACCGUUGCGGCAAGGGCUGCGACUCUUCCACUGUUACCCCUGCUAUUGUUUACUUCCCUCCUGGUACCUACGUUGUCUCCAAGCCUAUUCUCCCCUACUACUACACCCACAUGAUUGGCGAUCUCAGUCAGCUUCCCGUUCUCAAGCCUUCUGCCAACUUCGAGGGUAUGGCUGUCAUCGAUGCCGAUCCCUACAACCCCGACGGUUCCAACUGGCACACCAACCAGAAUAACUUCUUCCGCCAGGUCCGCAACUUCAAGAUUGACCUUACUGGCAUGCCCAAGAGUUCCGGAACCGGUAUCCACUGGCAGGUUGCCCAGGCCACUUCUCUCCAGAACAUUGUCUUCCAGAUGAUCGAGGACCCUAGCGAGGACAACAAGCAGCAGGGUAUCUUCAUCGACAACGGCUCUGGUGGUUUCAUGACCGACCUCACCUUCAUCGGUGGACGCUAUGGUGGCUUCUUUGGCAGCCAACAGUUCACUAGCCGCAACAUGACCUUCCGCAACUGCAACACUGCCGUCUACAUGAACUGGAACUGGGUCUGGACCCUUAACGGCCUCGACAUCUCCGGUGCCAAGGUUGGAAUUGACAUGACCGCUGGCGGGAGCGUCCAGAACGUCGGCUCCAUCCUCUUGACUGACAGCAAGAUUGCCAACACCCAAGUUGGUCUCCUUACCAACUACAACCCCGGCCAGCCCGGCACCAACGGUACUCUGAUCCUCGACAACGUCGACAUGUCGUCUGCCGUCCCUGUCGCUGUCAAGAACGGAGGUACCAGCGCUACCAUCCUUGCUGGCAACGCCAAGAUCAACUCAUGGGUCCAAGGUCGUGCUUAUACUGGCGGUAGCGGCAAGGCUGUUCAGAGCGCUCAGACUCCCAUCCAGAAGCCCAAGGCUAUCCUCAACAGCAACGGCAACGUCGUCACCAAGAGCAAGCCUCAGUACAACACCGUUCCCGCCUCCAGCUUUGUUUCUGUCAAGUCCAAGGGUGCCAAGGGUGAUGGAAAGACCGACGACACUGCUGCUAUCCAAGCUAUCUUCAACAGUGUUCAGGAGGGCCAGAUUGUUUACUUCGACCACGGUGCCUACGUCAUUACCGAUACUGUCAAGGUUCCCAAGAACAUCAAGAUUGUUGGCGAAAUCUGGCCUCUCAUCAUGGCUGGUGGCGACAAGAACUUCAAGGACCAGGCCAACCCCAAGCCCGUCUGGCAAGUCGGUCAGGCUGGUGAUGUCGGCAAUGUCGAGAUCCAGGACCUCAUGUUUGAGACUCUCGGACCCCAGCCCGGUGCUAUCUUGAUGGAGUUCAACGUUGCUGGCCAGACCCCUGGCUCUGCCGGUCUCUUUGACGUUCACUUCCGCGUCGGUGGCUCUGCCGGUACUCAGCUCCAGUCCGAUACUUGCAAGAAGACCCCCACGGUCAAGACUGAGCCCAAGGCUGAGUGUAUGGCUGCUUUCAUGCUUUUCCACAUGACCAAGCAGUCCAGCGUCUACCUCGAGAACACCUGGUUCUGGGUUGCUGAUCACGAGCUUGACCUUAGCGACCACUCUCAGAUCAACCUCUACAACGGUCGUGGUGUCUUGAUUGAGAGCACCAAGGGCUCCUGGUUGUGGGGCACUGCUUCCGAGCACAGCGUUCUUUACAACUACCACCUUGAGAAUGCUGCCAAUGUCUACAUGUCACUCAUUCAGACUGAGACUGCUUACAUGCAGGGCAACCCCGACGCGACCGUUCCCUUCACUGUCAACAAGAAGUUCUACGACCCUGACUUCAAGGCUACCUGCACUGGUACCUCUAAGAGGUGUGCCCGCACCUGGGGUGUUCGCGCUGUGAACUCCAAGGACAUCUUCAUCUUUGGUGGUGGUCUUUACAGCUUCUUCGACAACUACGAUCAGGUUUGCGUUGGUGAGAACAACUGCCAGGACAACAUGAUCAGCCUCGAGAGCUCACAGGUGCACCUUUACGGUAUCAGCACCAAGGCCAGCGUCAACAUGGUCAAUGUUAAUGGCAAGUCUGCCAUCCUUGACAAGGACAACCGCAACAACUUCUGCGCUGCUAUUGCCCUCUUCUCAUCGUAG